UAUAAAGUUAUAAACUUACAAGGGAGACUCGCUCUCUCUUUGAAGAGCAUCUCAUCACUGUCGACAGCUCUUCUGUUUCUUUCAGUGAACUAGUGGAUAACAACUUAGGCUCUUCUUCUACUAUCAUUUACCUCUCGAUCGUUCGUUCGUGUACAAGUUUUGAGGUUACAGGUGAAAGGAACACAUACAAUUGAAAGAAAAAGAACUAUUUGUUGAGGGCUUGCUAGUUAGUCAUGGCUAAAGACCAACUGAGUGUGUUAAAUGCACUUGAUGAGGCCAAAACACAAUGGUAUCAUUUCACAGCAAUUGUGAUUGCUGGCAUGGGAUUCUUCACUGAUGCAUAUGAUCUGUUCUGCAUCUCUCUUGUCACCAAAUUACUGGGUCGCAUAUACUACCAACAACAUGGUUCUGCUGAUCCUGGAAGUCUGCCUUCAAAUGUCUCGGCUGCUGUUAAUGGUGUGGCCUUUUGUGGCACACUUUCAGGCCAGCUCUUCUUUGGUUGGCUCGGUGACAAAUUAGGCCGAAAACGUGUCUAUGGAAUGGUCCUGAUGGUCAUGGUUUUAUGUUCCAUUGCCUCCGGCCUUUCAUUUGGUAAACAACCUAAGGCUGUUAUUUCGACACUAUGCUUCUUCAGGUUCUGGCUAGGCUUUGGCAUUGGUGGUGACUACCCUCUUUCUGCUACUAUCAUGUCCGAGUAUGCUAAUAAAAAGACUCGUGGCGCCUUCAUUGCUGCUGUAUUUGCAAUGCAAGGUUUCGGGAUCUUGGCUGGUGGAAUGGUUGCGAUAAUUGUAUCUACAGUUUUCAAGGAGUUAUAUCCUGCUCCAUCUUAUACAACUGAUCCAGCUGCCUCUAUUUUCCCAGAAGCAGAUUAUGCGUGGAGAAUAAUUUUGAUGUUCGGUGCAAUCCCAGCUUUGCUUACUUACUAUUGGCGUGCCAAAAUGCCCGAAACUGCUCGAUACACUGCCUUGGUUUCCAAGAAUGCUAAGAAGGCAGCUGCUGACAUGUCAAAAGUUCUGCAGGUUGAGGUAGAAGCAGAACCAGAGAAAAUAGAGGAACGCUCCCAACAAGGAAGAAAUGAUUUUGGUUUAUUUUCAAAGGCUUUCCUUAGUCGUCAUGGUCUUCACUUGCUUGGGACUACCAGCACUUGGUUCUUGCUAGACAUUGCCUUCUACAGUCAGAAUCUAUUCCAAAAGGACAUCUUCAGUGCCAUUGGUUGGAUCCCUAAGGCAAACACCAUGAGUGCCAUGGAAGAAGUCUUCAAAAUUUCUAGAGCACAGACUCUAAUUGCUCUCUGCAGCACAGUUCCGGGGUAUUGGUUCACAGUGGCAUUCAUAGAUAGGAUUGGGAGGUUCACAAUUCAAGUAAUGGGAUUUUUCUUCAUGACAGUUUUCAUGUUUGCCUUGGCCAUUCCUUAUCAUCACUGGACUCUGAAAGCUAACCGAGUUGGGUUUGUUGUUAUAUACUCGUUGACCUUCUUUUUCUCCAAUUUCGGACCAAAUGCCACUACUUUUGUAGUUCCUGCAGAGAUUUUCCCCGCGAGGCUAAGGUCGACUUGCCAUGGUAUAUCAGCUGCAGCAGGGAAGGCUGGAGCAAUGGUUGGAGCAUUCGGCUUUCAGUAUGCAGAAAAGGGCAUUGGGGUGAAGAACACCCUCAUAAUUUUGGGUGUGGUCAACUUUCUAGGGUUGCUGUUUACUUUCUUGGUGCCGGAGUCAAAGGGAAAAUCACUGGAGGAAAUGUCGGGUGAAGGAGAUGAAGAAACUGGAACUGCAACACAAUCAAGUCAGCAGGCUUGAUUAAAGCUUGUUUCAACUCUAGUAGCAUUAUUAGGUAGAGUAUGUCAAAGUGGCAAGGAGAUGUGUUGGUCUUGUUGCUUUUAUCCUCAUGCUGUGAAACUCAAUAGUGUUUUUAUUGUAGGCGGACUAGUUCAUUUUAUCUUCCUCAUGCAAUCAAAAGUAGGAUAGAAAAUUUUAUAGCUAAAUGCUCCUCAUUUUCUUCA